AUGGCGAGCUCGCAACACCUCCUCCUCUCGCCGGCCGAGCUCGCAUACCUCCACAGCUCCCUCAGCCAUACCCCGCCAAUCAGACCAGACGGCCGCUCAGCGACACAGUUUCGUCCCCUCACCGCCGAAACAGCCAUCCUGCCCGGCACAAAUGGCAGCGCCAGAGUCUGCUUCGCGGACGGCACAGAGGCCAUCGUCGGCGUCAAGGCCGAGGUCGAGCGCACGCCCAGGCGGCAUGUGUACACGAACGAGCAGGACGACGGCGCCGAUGGUAACGGGGCGACACGGCAGGAAGCAAAAGGCCAGAACGACUGGGUCGAGGUCACCGUCGAGAUCCCCGGCCACAGAGACGACGACUCAAGCACGAUUUUCCUGUCCACCAUGCUCAGCGAGGCGCUGCUCGCCGAUGGAGAGCUCACCAAGAAGCUCUGGAUAAACCGGCGGUUCCACUGGAAGCUGUACCUUGAUAUCAUACUGAUCUCGCCGCCACUUUCAUAUCCCCUGCCGCUACUCAGCCUGACCACACACCUGGCACUUCUCUCGACACGCCUGCCAAGAUUAAAAUCCGAGGCCGAUGAAGAUCCCAUGUUUGACGAUGACUGGGCGGCUAGCGUGUACCUGUACUCCUCGUCCACCUCCUCGUCGACGGGUUCACCACCACCAUCAACACUGCAAAAACCGCCAAUCACCCUCCUCGUCAUGGCGGUCGGGGACAAUAUCAUCUUCGACCCGUCCAAGGAGGAGCUCGCGGUCGCGGAUGCCGCGCUGGCCGUGUCCGUCGUCGAGGCACCAUCCAGUGGGUCUACGACGAUUACGACAACAGCAGCAGCAGCAGGUGGGGAGAGCAUGGACGUUGACGACGACAAUGGCAAAAAGAGCGCCGCCGCCGCCGCCAGCACGGGGGUUCCGGCUGCGAGACAGAGAAACCUGAGCCUGCUCGCGGUCCGGACGAUAGACCCGCCCUCCCGGCUAACGGGGCCUGGCGUGCCCAACGCCGUCAACGCCGCGGCCUGGGGCCACACCGAGGGUAAGGCAGCGGCGGACGCCACAUCCGCGUCGGCCAAGUCUGCCGCCGGCGGGGGUGGUGGAGCCACGGCAAAGGGCAAUUACGAGGGCGAGGACGUCGAGGGCGUGUGGAAGGCUCCUAGGGGUGGCGCGCGGGUCGGCGUCCUGGCCGCCAUGGUGGCCAAGGUGUUGGAACGGGGCGGCAUGGCGGAUGAGGUGCUCGACGGCCUUGAGGGUGUUGAGCUGGGCUGA